AUGGACGAGAAGCCGGAUCCGUAUCUCGUUCUCUUCAGUGAGAACGACCCGGACAACCCGCAGAACUGGUCGAAAGUGAAGAAAUGGUAUCUGACUACGGCUAGUGGUCUGCUUGUCCUCAACGCUACCUUCGCGAGUUCUGCUCCUUCUGGCGUCAUCCAGCAGAUGAUGGAGGAGUUCACGUUCUCGAGGGAAGUCGGCGUACUCACUAUAUCACUGUUUGUCGCGGGUUACUGCAUCGGACCCCUACUAUGGGGUCCUCUGUCCGAGCAAUACGGUCGUCGCAUCCCAUUCCUCAUAUCCUUCUUCGUCUACACCUGCUUCCAAGUGGGUUGUGCUCUCUCUCCGAACACUGCGUCCAUCAUCCUCUUUCGCCUACUCGGUGGCCUAUUUGCAUCUGCGCCUUUGACGAACUCGGGCGCGCUCGUGUCCGACAUAUGGAAUGCCAAAAUUCGAGGCAAGGCGAUGGCUGUAUUUACCCUUGCUCCCUUUGCUGGUCCUGCUCUUGGACCGACCGUCGCGGGCUAUAUGAACGUCGCAGGCGUAUCUUGGCGCUGGCUCUUCUGGCUGCUUACUAUAUUUGCGGGAACUUGCUGGCUGAUCAUCCUCUUCACCAUUCCGGAAACUUUUGCCCCCGUAAUUCUGGCUAGAAAGGCGAAGCGCCUUCGCAAGACUACUGGUGAUGACCGCUACUACGCCAUGAUCGAAACGCAGAAGACCACCUGGUCGACCCGGGCGGAACGUAUCCUCACUCGCCCGUUCAAGAUCCUUUUCCGCGAGCCGAUGCUGUUGGCGAUCACUACGUAUACGAGCUUCAUCUACGGAUGCCUGUACUUGCUCUUCGAGUCAUAUCCGAUCGUCUUCGAGCAGGGACAUGGUUUCAACACAGGUGCGACUGGCUUGACGUACUUGCCCAUCGCUGUUGGUGGAUUCGUCGCCGUAUGCUUGAACAUCUUCUAUUUCAACCCAAGAUACGAGCGCACGCUCAAGCGUCGCGCGCCUGACCCGGUACCGCCUGAGAAGAGGUUGGAGAUGGCACUUCUUGCAGCGCCGCUCUAUGCGAUCUCGUUCUUCUGGUUUGGUUGGACCUCGUAUCCCACCAUCUCCUUCUGGUCUCCCUUGAUUGCAGGAGGCCUCAUGGGGAUGUCCAUUUGCUUGCUCUUCAUGAGCUUGUUCAACUACAUAAUCGACGCCUACCUGCACGCUGCCGCGUCUGCCCUCGCAGCAAACACCGUCUGCCGAUCCAUCUUCGGCGCCGCAUUCCCACUUUUCGCGACGCAAAUGUACAACGCACUCAAUCCCAGAUGGGCGUCGUCGUUACUUGGCUUUGUCGCCGCGGCUAUGAUCCCCAUACCUUUCGUACUGAUGAAGUUUGGUCCAACGCUCCGCGCGCGUUCGAAAUAUGCGCCAUGA